CUCUCUCUCUCUCACUGUUUGAAUCUGAUUUUCUAUUUCUUCCAGUAUAAGUUUCUCCAAUUCCGAAUCGGAUUCCAAUCCGUCUCAGUUGGAUUUCCUUCCACUAAAACCUUCUUCAGCUCAAAAGCACUUCAUCUUCUUCAGCUUUCCGGCGAAGUUCUCCGGCCUUUGAUUCUUGCUCCGGCGUCGUUCCGGCUCCGGAUUCAGCUCCGUAAUGGCGAAGCGCGCGUACAAGCUGCAGGAGUUUGUGGCGCAUUCUGACAAUAUUAACUGUCUAAGUAUUGGGAAGAAGGCGUGCCGACUUUAUGUCACCGGCGGUGAUGAUCACAAAGUCAAUCUAUGGACAAUUGGCAAACCUACCGCGCUAAUGAGUCUCACUGGUCAUACAAGUCCAGUUGAAUCUGUAGCUUUUAAUUUAGCAGAAGUUUUGGUGCUUGCUGGAGCUUCUACUGGUGCAACAAAAAUAUGGGAUCUGGAGGAAGCGAAGAUGGUUCGCACACUUACUGGACACAGAUCCAGCUGUUCUGCUGUUGAAUUUCAUCCAUUUGGUGAGUUCUUUGCUUCUGGUUCCACGGACACUAAUCUAAAGAUCUGGGACAUUAGAAAGAAGGGAUGCAUCCACACAUACAAAGGUCAUACUCAAGGCAUUAGUACUAUUAAGUUCACUCCCGAUGGUCGAUGGGUUGUCUCUGGUGGGUUUGAUAAUGUUGUAAAGGUGUGGGAUCUAACUGCUGGGAAGCUCUUGCAUGAUUUUAAAUUCCAUGAAGGACAUAUUCGGUCUAUAGAUUUUCAUCCCCUUGAGUUUCUCUUGGCCACAGGUUCAGCAGACAGAACCGUGAAAUUCUGGGAUUUGGAAACUUUUGAAUUGAUUGGAUCUACCAGGCCUGAGCCUACAGGAGUACGCUCAAUUGCUUUCCACCCUGAUGGGAGGACGAUAUUUUCUGGAUUGGACGACAGAUUGAAGGUUUAUUCCUGGGAGCCUGUAAUAUCUCAUGAUUCUGUUGAAAUGGGAUGGUCAAGACUUGCUGACCUAUGCAUUCAUGAUGGGAAGCUACUGGGAUGCUCUUACUAUCGAAAUUCUAUUGGAGUCUGGGUUGCUGACGUUUCGCUUAUUAAGCCAUAUGGAGAUGGUUCAACACCUGAGCAAAAUGACUGUUUCGAUGAGAAAUCUCAUGUAAAGUUGCACGGAAUCAUGGAGAAUGUAGAGACUGGUAUAAGGGGUCCGGGGUUGCGCUGUAUGUCUCCUGAUUAUGACUCAAAGGACAUAAAGAACAUAUAUGUUGAUUCUGCAUGUGGAAAGCCAGUUACCACACAGAGAAUUAAUUCUUCGAAAGUUUUACCCCCAUUGGAAUUAAAGGAAACUGGUGCUAAGAAGCAGAUUCCUGCAGCGGGGUCACUCCCAAAGUCUAAUGAAAAGAUGGUCAAUAAAUCCUUGGCUGUGCCUAGCAUUGUACCUCGAAGCAGUCCCAAUGCAAAAGACUCGGCUAACACUGGAAGAGAAUCUGUUGCAUUUUCAAAAACUAGGCGUGGUAUGUUGCUCAGACCAGCUCAUGUGCGAAGCCCAUCAGAUAGCAAAGUUGACAUGGAGAAACUACCGUUCGCCGUUGAAUCCGGAACUUUCAGCAGCAUGACGAGUAAAUUGGAUGGUGCAGUGGGUCUCAGUUCUCAGAUCAAAACUAUAGCAGAAGAUAGUGAUAGAGAGUCCUGUAAGGAAAAGCAUUCUGUAAUCAAGAGUGUAGAAGAGAAAUUUGAAGCAGUAUUAUCACUCAAGAGGCCCUCUGAUCAGGAAACUAAAAAUGGACUCCUCAGUAACAGCAAGGAAUUGAGCCCUGUUAAAGUUGUCAAUGGAGUUGCUGUUGUACCAGGAAGGACUCGCACCCUGGUUGAGCGAUUUGAAAGGAGAGAGAGAUUUAGUAGCAAUGAUGAUCAAGCAACUGGCAUAAUUGGUCCUGUGAUACCUGAAGAUCAAGCAAGUAGCAUAUCUAGUCCUGCGAUCCCUGAAGAUCAAGCAACUAGCAUAUGUAGUCCCAUGACAAUUGAAAUGGAGAAAACAUUCACCGUGCAGCGAGAAGAGGAACCUCAAAUUUCUGGGAGGCACAUGUCAUCUGCGAAAAAUGAUCCUACUGAAGAUCUGAUGCAAACUCAUGAUGCAUUCCUAAGUACCCUUCGAUCCCGCCUGACAAAACUGCAGGUGGUGAGGCAUUUUUGGGAACGGAAUGAUAUUAAAGGUGCUGUCACUGCUAUCAGAAAGCUUCCAGAUCAUGCGGUACAAGCGGAUGUGAUUAGUGUUCUCCUGGAUAAACUGGAUAUUUUGACAUUAGAUCUCUUUUCGUGUUUGCUGCCUGUGCUUCUGGGCUUGCUUGAUAGCAAAAUUGAGAGGCAUGCAAAUGUGUCAUUGGAGAUGUUGUUGAAGCUUGUAGCAGUCUUUGGCCCAGUGAUACAGUCUACCAUUUCAGCACCUCCAGCGGUCGGAGUCAAUCUGCAGGCAGAGCAAAGGCUGGAGUGCUGCAACCAAUGCUCUAUAUACCUGCAAAAGAUUCAGAAAAUUCUCCCAGUCUUUGUAAGGAAAGGGGGUGUGCUGGCAAGAUGUGCUAGAGAAUUAAAUCUAAUUCUUCAACAGUCGUAACUGAUACUGUCUGUCAGAAGUACAAAAGGUGGCUUCGCUGAUAUAACGUAAAGGAUUGCAUGCACACAUUCAUGCCAACUUACAUUUCCUAUCACAAUUUUGUCUCAAUGUUCUCUACCUCUAGUCAUCGUCGGUGUCACUUAAUCAUGGUAGAGUGGAGCUCACGAAUUUUGUGAGGCUGACUAAGCAAAAUUAGCCUUGCCUGAGGAGCGUGAAGACAGUAAUCAUCCCUUCCUAGAGUCAUCUUCGGCUUUACUUAAUAUCGGUAUACUAGAGCCCAAGAAUUUUGUGAGGCCAGGCUUCCCUGAGGCGCUUCCAAGACAGGAGAAGCAAUCCCUGCAACAUUUGCCUUCAGCCAUGCCUAGACUUUCCUGAUUUUGAUGGUCUGAUGGGGGGAGGUUGCUGUUUGUAUCUUCAUUACCGUGUAUCAAAUUCAUAUAUAUGAAUGUACAUUGCAAUGUAGAUCCUUCAAUGAU